CUCCGAUCAGGCUUCAAUUCAUCAGACUUCUAGUGGCAGCACUCAAACACUGACUGCGGUCUUCACGAGUCAUUGAUUCAUCCACUCAAUAUCAUCAAAGUUCUGGCUCUCAAGCCAUUUCUUCCUAAGGUACCUCAUGAAAUGCAAGCGUAUCGCCUGAAACGGCGGCCCUCCUCACUCUACUGCUGCCUUCCGGCCUGUCCACUGGCACUGUACUGCGUCGUUUUACGUCAACGAGCCCUGUCACUUAGCUCUCGACCUCUGACCGCGUUGUUAUCCUUUCCUCCAGUACCCUUACAUGCCGAUUAGCCUACAAACCCUGUCACUUGCCCUCCCGCCCUGAGAUAUCGGCCCCUAGCCGUGAAAUUGUGCAGGGCACUUUGCCGGGAAAUGGAAGACGCACUUCCGCGCAUCCAAUCAUUAUCGGAUUGCCUUCUCCGAUCUUUAGUGAACAAGAGACCCAUCUGCUGUGUAACACUCUUGACCGCUAGCAGCAUCCACGUCUGUCUUUCCUAGGUACGCAGUUCGGACAACGAGAUAGCGUUGCCUUUCGCCGAUGGUCACGCUUUUGGCAGGGCGAUAUCUCGGUCAUCAUAAGAAGGUCACCCACUGGCACUUGCUGCUGCUGCGUAAGGGCUGUUGCUGGAAUGGCCAGGUUAUCUCCUCCAUAUGGUACGACCCGGAACAUGCCUUACUUCUGCAGCGAAGCCGGACGGCUGACCUGGGGUUCGGGGGGUUCGCAGAAGGCACCUAAGGACACCGCUGGUCGACCCCCUGGCCUGGUCACCCACUACAUGGGCCCUGUAUCAGGUAAUGCCUGACCACUGGUCCUUAAGGGCCUGUGUGGACCCUCCAUUGCAGGCAUACAUCAGAUUUGGCACCACCGCCAAUCCUAGUCACUAAAGAGCGCUAUCGUCGGUGAUGUACUUAUUCGACUUACGCGAAUCCAGCAACCUUGCGAAUUCUUACACGAGAGCCAGGGAUGCCCCUCAGAAACAAAACGCGCAUCUUAUUUUGUCCUGGGUUCGAUGAGUUACUGUUCCAUUCUGUGUCCUCAGAGUUGCAUUUCUACAGCCAAACCAGUCUCGCUUAAGACGGUGGCGGACGGAGAUGCAUCCUCAAUCCUACGAAACCUAUAUUGCACACAUACUCCUGCAAAUGCAGUUCCUCCAGACGUGUGGAAGUGACGGCGCUAAAGAUUGGCACACUACGGCCUCUCGCUGCAGUGCAGCAAGCCACGCCUCCAGAUGAUGUUACCCGCGGCAGCGGCUGCUUGCAGGGAAUAUCACCAGAAGGGAACUGGGGUUCCAGGGGUUUGGGAAGAAUAACCGGGAGAUCUCGACUACACCUGAGCGAAACUUGGGAGAAAGAGCGAAAGUCCUUCUUGAACGAUUGACGCCAAUUACGAAAGGGGUAAGAUCAGAGGCACCGCGCUCCCGCCGGCGUCGUGUCUGCAUCCGAUCCCCCAGGGCGCUGGUCAGCCUAGACCGUGUCAACCCUCGGUGGAGCGACCGUAUGGCAAGGCUGGAAAAUCUGCAUUGGCGACGCAAGAGCGAGCUAUCAUACCUGCUGACAGGGCCGGAACACACAACCACCCAGCCGUGUGUUUGCUUUCUGCCCCUAGAAUGCAUCCAACGCCAGCGCAGUCCUGCACUGCUAUCUGCUGCAGCGGUAGCGAAGCCAGGGCCAGCUGGCAAUCUCUGCUGCAGGGCAAGCCGCGGAGAAGAUGGGCAAGCACCGAGAGACGUCCGAAGCGACGCCUCUCAAGUUGUCCAAGACUGGUGCGAGGUUCUGAUGGAGCGAUCAGUCGAGGCAAUGAGUGGCUUCCCUAUCCUGGCUACCGGUCGCGCCUCCUAUCGAUGGACGCUCCGUGAUCGCCCAUCAUACUGCAGCUACCUCGGUCUGUCCCCGCUGACAACCGCCCGCAUUGUAGAGGAACCUGCUGCUCGGUUGCCAGCUACUUGCUCCGUGGCAUUCCGCUUCCACGUCAGGAUCCUUUGUCUCGGGUCCAGCUGGGUCCUCGCCCGCCAGCGUGCCGCAGCUUGCAAUCCACCCCCAUGUUUUACUGGUUGGUUUGGAGAAGAUUGACAUGAUAAUCAAUUUUGGACCCCUUCUGCUGCUCCAAGGUCAAUCGAUCAUGCACUACUGGGACAUUUGAGAAGGCGCCUAGCAGAGUAAGUGUUUGUUCAUUUCCUACUGGCGCUCGCUCAAUGAUGCAUCAACAAGACAUGGUUCGAAGCCAUUGAGACAGUCCUGCGUCCCGUUCUGGCCUGCUAUUAUUAUGCCGACACGAGUAUCUUGCCACCACCUCGAGCAUGGUGACCCCUUCGGCCAGGGCCCCUCCUGGGGAUAGCGUUGCCGCCGUCAAAACCCACUGGAUAGUUUAGCAUUCCCGCGAACCCCCCUCCACCUUGGCUGUCUUCGAACUUGAAUCCCUCCCCUUCAUUCAGCACGGCUGACCACAAGUUCUCGGCCGCCGAAGCCCAGUCACCCAGCCGGGAGAGAUGGUCAGGGGCAUUGGGUGUGGAUUCGACCACCACCGUGCCAUUUUCUUGGUUGAUUUUGGCCUUGAGCUUCUUGUCGAUGAUUAGGACGCCGAGAAUGUCUUGAACCUCGCUGACGGGAAUCUUGAUGUGUUUUGAGAUGAAGCUAAGCGUGAAGCGGGUGUAGGGAGCAAUCAGCUUGGAGACGGCCUUGGUACGCAUAUUCCGACUGACUUCGUCAAUGUUCUCUGCAAUAAAGGGGUCUGCCAGGAGAUCUUGAUUUUCUUUUAGUAUCGAUUCGUACUGGUGGAUGUCAUCACGUUGAUAGGCAUCCACGAGGUCUGUCAUGGCGGAGAUGCGAGGAUCGUUCCGGUAGGGUUUUGUUUCUUGCGAGUCGAAAGGGUUGAUGGUGGAUUUCAUCAGCAUGGUGGUCAGGACGAGAUACUUGAGGACCUGGAUUCUUUGCAUCGAGCCGGCCUCGUCGUAGUUUUUGAAAGAUUCGAAAAAGUCGCUCUGGGCCUCUUUCCAGUUCUCCUCGCUCAUGUGCAUCUUACCCCCACAUUCGCGGAUGAUGCCCUGUACCUUUGGAUGUGGCACGGCGGAGCGAACCGUGAGAGCUUUUUGGUAGAGAGAUUUGAGGCGUUUGUUGUUUUUGAGUUCGGCAUACAUUUGGAUUUCGAGGGCAUACGCCUCUAGCGAGUAUGUCCCUUUGCCUGGGUCGUCGGAGCCAUCCUCUUUCUGACAAGCUUUGUGGAUCUCGCGCACUUUGUUGGUAAGACUGGUGUAGUCCUUCUUGUCGAGAUACAGUUUUGCCAAUUUGAGGUUUGUCUUGAGUGCCAAUCUCUCGUUAUUCGUGCUCUGGAACGUCUGCAGAGUCAACGAAUAAAACUCCUCCAUGC